AGAAGAAGAAGGGAACCAGUCAUGGCGGCGGUUUCAUCUUCCUUCCAUUUCUGUUCUUCGGCUCGAAGGGCUCCAAUCAAUUCUAUAUCUCUAAAGCUCGCUCAACUCGCUUCCUCCUUCACGCAGCCUCUUCUCCGAGCGCUCCAGCGAGGUCCGGCGAGAAUCGAUAUGGCCGGAGUGAUCAAGAAAACUUCUGGUAGAUUGCUGGAUGCAUUUGUAGAUUUUGCUUUCCAUUUCGAAGAUCAACCGUGGCUCCCUUCGCAGAGCAAUUUCAUGCCAGUGGAUGAAAUCGAGGAGGCGGUGAUCAUUUCAAAUAUAGAAGGAGAGAUCCCUCAUGAUUUCCCUGAGGGCGUCUACAUAAGAAAUGGAUCGAAUCCGUUGUUCGGCGCGCUUCAGUCUGGAUCGUCUGUGCUUGGCCUCUGCAGUGAGACAUGGGUGGAGGGCGAGGGCAUGCUCCAUGCCCUCUCCUUCUCCAGGGCUACUCCCGCCGCCGUCUCCGUCGGCAGCGGUGGUGCCUGGACACUCUCCUAUAAAAACCGCUUUGUCGAAUCCAAAACCUUCCAACUCGAGCGCAGCCGCAACCAUCCUGCCUUCCUCCCUCUCAUCGAAGGCGAUGCUCCCGCCGUCCUCGCCUCUUUCCUCCUCAACAAGCUUAGGUUUGGGAAAAUGGCGAAGGAUUUGAGCAACACUAAUGUCUUGGAGUUUUCUGGGAAAGUCUUCGCCGUCGCGGAGAACCACAUGCCGCUGGAGAUAGAUUUGUUGAGUCUCGAGACGAUUGGCGAUUGGGAUCUCAGCGGAGCGUGGGAUCGGCCUUUCAUGGCUCAUCCCAAGAAAGCGCCAGGAGGAGAGCUUGUUUUUGUUGGGGCGGAUGGGAAGAAACCAUUCCUUGUUCUCGGUGUUGUCUCAGUGGAUGGAAAAGAGCUUAAACAUAAGGUUGACCUCAAGCUUGAGAGAGGCAUUGUUUGCCAUGAUAUUGGAGUAACCGAAAGGUACAACAUAAUUCUGGAUAUGCCGCUGACAUUUGACAUAGUUAGGCUGAUGAAAGGUGGCCCGUUGCUGAAGUAUGAGAAAGAAAGUUAUGCAAGAAUUGGUGUGAUGCCUCGCUAUGGGGAUUCUGAUUCAAUUAAGUGGUUUGACGUUGAACCAUACUGUACCUUGCACCUUGUCAACUGCUACGAGGAUGGAGAUGAGGUUGUUGUAAGGGGUGGUCGAUCGCGGGGAUCAAUAAUUCCCGGCCCCGAUCUCGGAAGAAACAAAUGCCAGUGGUUCUCUAGUGGUUUCAAACUUAAAUUAGCAGGUGAAGAUUGUGAUGGCAAUCCCAAUGAAGGGCUUUUAAACUUCCGCUUACAUGAGUGGAGAUUAAACAUGAAAAAUGGGAGUGUUAGGAACAGAUAUCUAACUGGAAGUGAUUUGUCUAUUGAGUUCUACAUGUGCAAUGAUCUCUUUGUAGGUUUGCACAACCAGUAUGCAUAUGCACAAGUUGUAGAUUCUGUAGCAAGCUCUAUCUGUGCAUUGCCCAAGUAUGGAGGCCUCAUGAAAUUAUACCUUGAUGAGAAAGAUAGUACUACAAUGCAGCAGGAAAAUGAUAAUGGUGGAUCUGUAAAGGUAGAGAGACACCCGCUUGGUGCAAAUGAGUUUUGCUCUGGAGCAGCAUUUGUUUCUAAACUGGGUGGUGUUCAGGAAGAUGAUGGCUGGAUAAUCUCUUUUGUUCAUAACGAACAUACAAAUACAUCUCAAGUUCACAUAAUUGAUGCCAAAAACUUCAAGGAUGAUCCUGUUGCAAAAAUAAUUUUACCAAAGAGAGUUCCUUAUGGAUUCCAUGGAGCUUUUAUCCCAAUGCCAAACAGACUAUGAUAUAUAUGUCUAAAGCAUCUAAUGGCUUUUCUAUUUGCACUAUUUACCACUUGUGUGGAAGAGAACAAAUAUUCAUAAUUGUGAAAGAAAAAAAGAAAGAAAGAAAAAAAAAAUGGCAUGCUUAGUGAUUGAUUUGUUUUUCCUUGGUUACUUUUUCAAUUAAGCAGCCCUUUUUGGUAUAAUUUUUAUGUAGAUUUCAGAAAUGUAUAAUCUUCAACACUACUGAAGAGAAUAAAGAAUGAAUUCUUUGUUGCAGAA